AUGGAUGAAAAUAAAAAUAUUGAUACUGAAAAUAUUGAUGAACUUGGUUUAGAUAAGAUUCUGGUUCUUGUUGAUGAUUCUAUUUCUAAAAAGAACUUUUUGACAGAAAAACAACAAUUUGAUGACAUUUCUUUGUUACCGUAUAAUAAUAAUGAAUACAAUCAAGAAGUUUCAACAGAAAAUGAGGGGACCAAUUCAAUAUUCCAAGAAAAUGAUUAUAUUAAUAAAGAAAAUGAAGUACUUUUAAAUCGAGAUGAGAUGAUGGAAGAGGAUUUAAUUAAUAAUUUCAUAGAUGACGAUGAAGGAUUAGUAGAUGAGUUGGAUAAACCAAGAAUAACAACAAUAUUUGAUCACCCAAAUACAGAUUCUAGUUUUAUUGUUAUUGUUCCUUUAUUGGAAGAGAGAGGAUUUGAAGGAAUUAUUGAUAAAGUUGUUUGUGAAAUAGAAAGUUUUAUGAAAAAUCGUUCAUUGACUUUUUAUGUUGAACCAUUAAAAAAGUUGAUUAGAAAUUUAAAUUUACUUACUAGUGAAAUAAAAAUAUCAAUUAAUAUGAAAGAGGACACUGAUAAGUUAUUUAACGCUGUUCAAGAGUUAGCACAAACAUUGAUUACAAAUACAGGAUUAGAUUGUUCAGUAAAAAUUAGUCAAACUUUUUAUACUUCAAUAGUCUUUAACCCUAAUGAUGGCUUGCUACCAGUUGAAACUAUGCGUUUUGGAAAUAUAUUACACCCAAAUCGUUUUAUUUGUCAUAGAACUCAUGAAGCUUCUGAUUUUGACAAAUAUCGUAGACUACUUAAUGCAUUUCAUGGAUCAGAUGACCUGCCAAAUAGUAUUAUUUUAGAUUUAGAACAUGACAAGGGUGAAUUUUCAUUAAAAUUUGGAGCUAAUACAUAUCUAAAAAAAGAUCCUUAUGCUGAGGAGGAAGAAGCUAAUGAAGUUGUUAUUAAUCUUUUUGCCAAUUAUAUAGCUUUCAGAAAGUUUAUUUUUUCUAUUAAAAAUAAUCCAGAUGGAUUGUUAGAUGUAGAAUUAUACUUUGUUCUUAAACAUCCUCUUCAAGUCCGUUGUUGGAGAUAUGCUAAAUAUAAAACUGCAGGUGAACGUAUGAGUAGAAUUAACAUGCUUCGUGUCUCAACUUGGAAUUCUGAUGAUGACAAUAACAUCCCAAUAAGUGAAGCUUUUGUUGUUAAUGUAUCUUUAAAAAGAUUAAAGUCAUCUCAAUUAUAUGGAAUUGUUAAUAGAUUUCUAGCAAGAUCUGAUUGUGAGGCGGAAUACCGUACUAUGUCAAUAAUUAAUAUUACAACAAGAGAUUAUGUUUGUGAUCCCGUGGAUGAUUUAAAAUAUCAAGAAACGAUAAUGGAAUUACCAUUUGAUAUAAAAUAUCUUAUUUCAGCAGUAUUUAUGAGAGGUGGUUUUAUAAAGGAUGAUUUAUUACUUGAUAUUAAAAAAAGGAAUGAAUUCAUUGAUACUGUACUUCAAUAUUAUUCACAAGAUAGUAUUUUAACAAUUGAUAGUUUGGAACGUCUUGUCAAACAAAUAGACAAACAAGGAAUAUCUGAUACUGUUAUAAAUAUGUUAAAGUAUCUUCAUAAUGAAUUUGAAAUAAGUGGAAAACAAAUAAUUCAAAUACAAGAAGAUCAAACACGUAGUGGAUUUGUUAGAUUAAGAAAAUUGGUAAUUACUCCAACAAGAACAUUACUUAUGCCUCCAGAAUAUAUAAUGUCAAAUCGAGUUUUAAGAUAUUUUGAUAAAAAUGGUGAACGUACACUUAGAGUUGUCUUUCGGGAUGAAGAUGGAGCAAAAAUGCGAACAACUAGUACUGGUGAUUAUCUGAUUAAACUUACUGUUGGAAAUUGUUUGGCAAAAGGAUUUACAAUUUGUAAGAUUCAAUUUUCAUACCUUGGUUCUUCUAAUUCACAAAUGAGAGAUAAUGGAUGUUAUUUUAUUGAAAAUCAAAAUGGUUUAGAAGUUACUCAUGUUAGAAAAACAAUGGGACAUUUUAGAAGAGAACCAAUACCAAAAUUGAUGGCUCGUAUCGGGCAAUGUUUUACACAAGUUCAUGUUUGUGAUAAAAUAGAAAUUACAAAUUCAAUGAUUGGAUUUAUUGAAGAUUUUGAAGGUGGAUUAUUAAGAAACGGAAAAUCAUACAUCUUUUCUGAUGGUUGUGGUUUAAUUUCAUCUGCAAUGAUGGAGAGAAUUGCUAAAGAUAUUGGAAUAUUUCCUAUUGUUCCUUCAUGUAUUCAAUUUAGAUUUCAGGGAAUGAAAGGUGUUCUCGCUAUUAGUGAAAAACUUAAUUCAUUAAAUAAGGCAUUUGAAAAUUCUAAAGGAAGUGUUAUGACACAAACUGCUUUUAAAAAAUUAGCCUAUCUAUCUCAACUUCAUUUUUUAUUUAGACCAUCUCAAGAGAAAUUUUAUGCACCAUGGGCUAAUAAAAUUGAAAUUGUUAAACAUUCUGCUCCAACUGUUGUUUGUUUAAAUAGACCUGUAAUAAAUAUUUUAGAUCAAGUUUCUUUAAAACAAAAUCCAACUACAAAUGAAAGGAUCAGAGAACGUAUUCAUCAACUUUAUGAUCAAAAUAUUUUUGAUGCUACAGAACCAUUAAUUGAUGAGUUUCAUUUAAGAACAAAAUUAAAUGAGUUUCCAAAGUUUUUAAAUUUUAAAUCACUUCGUUUUGAUGAUGGUUUUACAUUAACAAGAGAACCAUUCUUUAGACAACUUCUUACUGCCAGUACAAUAUUUACAAUUAAAAAUAUAAUGAAACGUAUGAAAAUUAAAAUUCCUUUUUUUUUGGGACGUACAAUGUUUGGAGUUGUUGAUGAAACUGGAAUUUUAUCUCCAGGACAAGUAUUUUUCCAAUACACACAUAAUAUUGAUCAAUAUAAAGAUUCAAAUAAUGACAGUUUUGCUAAAGUACAUGUAGGAAGAGUUAUGGUUUCUAAAAAUCCAUGUACAAAUGGUGGUGACAUUAGAAUGUUUGACGCAGUUGAUAUAAAACAAUUACAUCACCUUCGAGAUGUUAUAGUUUUUCCAAGUUGUGGACCAAGACCACAUCCUGAUGAAAUGGCUGGAUCUGAUUUGGAUGGAGAUGAAUAUUCUGUUAUAUGGGAUGAUAGAUUAUUUUUAGAUAACAAUGAAAAACCAUUUAUCUUUACUAAUAAUAUUGAUAGAAAUCUUGAAGAUGCUAAUAUUGGAAAUUUAGAUGAAGAAAUGAGAAACUUUUUAGUAGAUCACAUUAGACAAGAUUCUAUUGGUCUUAUUGCUAAUGCUCUUUUAGUCAAUUCUGAUAUAUAUGGUAUUGAUAGUAAAGUAUGUCAAACAAUUGCUCAAAAACAUUCAAUAGCAGUAGAUUUUGCAAAAUCUGGUGUAUAUCCACCACCAUUGACAACAAAAGGUACUAAGAAAAAUCCUCCUGAAUUACCAGAACGUUUUCCUGAUUAUAUGGAAAAAAGAAGAUUUCAAUCAUAUGAAAGUCCACGUUUACUUGGUCAACUUUAUAGACGUCUUAAAAAAGUUGAUGAUAUUCUUACUAUUUCAUUGACACAUACUUCUAAAGAAGAAAUUGAAAUUGAUUCAGAAUUUGUUAUUAAUGGAUGGGAGGCAUAUAAAGAAGUUGCAUUAAAUAGGUAUCGUGCUUAUAAAGCAAUGUGUGGUAAUAUUCUUGAAAGUUAUAGCAUAGAACAUGAAUUUCAAUUAUUUUCAAGUUCUUUUCUUAACUUAAAAAAUCGUAUAAGUGAUGCAGAUAAUGAUGAUUUAUCUCAAUAUAAUACUGCUCACGUUAUUGAAUCCCGACUAAAAAAUGUUAUUGCUGAUGUUAGGACAACAUUCUUUCAACAAUUUGAGGAGGGACGAUUAUGGUUACAAUGUACAGAAAAAAAAUUACCUAAUGAGAAUAGUGAAGUAUUUAGAAUUAGACAGGUUCUUGAAAGAGAUUACAUUUAUCCAUCAGAAGAAAUGAUGAAAUUAGCUAGUGCCUAUUAUAUGGUAUCGUAUACAGAUAAUCAUGAAAAUCAAUUUUUGUCUUUUCCUUGGACAUUACGUGAUAUUUUAGUUGCAAUGAAAGUAAAAGCAAGAUCUAAUCCUAAUUGUACUAUUACAACAAGACAACCAUUGGCAGAAGAAUUGACGACAAAAAUUUUUACUUUCUCAAAAAAACAUGCUUUUUUCAAAGAAUUUCAAGAAGGUUUUGGUCCAUAUGGAAGAUAUUGUCCAAUGUUAAAAAAAUAUGUCAAACAUUAUAAAGGUUUAGAUAGUUUACUAUUUUUUGUUUGUAAUUGGGCAUCAACAAAUGAACAAUUAUCUACAUUUUUAAAUGUUGAACAAAUUUGUAUAAUAUUUACAAAAUUCUUAACAAAUACACUAAUAAAGAUGAAUUGUGAAUCAGUUUCACCUAAUUAUCUUCCCUCAUAUAUUGAACCAAAUUCUCCACCUGAAGAUUUAUCAAAAAUGCGUCAUAGUAUUGGUAGAAAAUUUUUAGAUUUUUUACGUGUUAUUUCAUUACAAAGAUUUAGAGAUUUAAAGUUUUUAAAAUUGGAUCAACCAAAUACAGGAUAUGAUUUAACAUUAGUAAAUAAAGAAUGGGUUUAUCUUCAUAAUCAUGGAAUGGAAACAUAUCUUAAAAUAUCUUUAUCAAAAAAUUUCUAUCAUGUAUUACCAUUCCUUUCUGAGUACACAAAUGAAAGACCAACACAAGAAGUUAUUGCUGAUAUGGAACCAUUUGUUGUUGAAGCUAGUGGUCAAUAUAGUGAAGAGGAAUUAAAAAGUAUGAUAAAUUCUCUUCGUCAGGUUAUUGGUAUCAAACAUCUAUCUCUUCGAAACAUUACUAGAGGAUCAAAAGGUAAAACUCAAAGAUAUAUGGUAUCAGCUGUUGGAACUCUUAAAGAACGAAAUGCUGUUAAAUAUCAUCUAUCAGGAUCUAAAUAUCGUACUGUACCCUUUUUUAAUAAUCAUGCUGCAUUUACUGUUAAUAAUUAUAUUGAUAUUGAACUGGCAUUAUUUUUAGCAAAAGAAUGUUAA